AUGAGAAAGGGACCUCAACAAACAACGAUUGGAGUGGCUCAGUGGCAGUAGCACAGAGCACCACCGCAAUUUUGAAGGAAUGAAGAUAGGCGGCGGAGUGGUGUAUGGAGCUCCACGCGCCACCUCUCUGCUUUUCGUCCAUGGAAGACCAACGCUUCGCGGCUUCUCCUCUCCAUAUUCUUCUUCUUCCUCCUUUCCGGAGCAUGUAAGUUUCAUAAAAGACGUAGCUGCAACUGAGCCCCCAAAGCACUUGUCACAUUUGCUGAAUUUGCUCAAGACCAGAGGUGAAUCCAUCAUUUCUCCUGGAGCUAAGCAAGGGUUGAUACCCCUUGCGAUUCCAUUGGCUAAAAGCAGCUCAGAUGCUGUAAUUGCACUGCUUAGAUGGCCAACAGCACCAGCUGGAAUGGAGAUGCCAGUGGUGGAGGUUCAUAAACAUGGAGUUUGGCUUCUGGCAAAGACUGUAGAUCAAUUUAUUCAUAGAAUCCUGGUUGAGGAAGAUGGCAAAAAGUCUUCAAAAGUCAAUGACGAGCUAUUUUGUGCUGCAGCUGAUGCUGGGGUGAAUCUUUACACAAAGGGUGAUUUUGCUAAAUCUCAGAUUUCAGAUCUAGAUGUGUAUCUCUUAAAAAAGGUUGGUUUGUUCCCAGAUGUUCUAGAGCGCAAAGUGAUGCGCCAUUUUGAGAAAGGAGACCAUGUUUCAGCAUUGGUGACUGGGGAAUUUUACACUAAGAAGGAGCAUUUUCCAGGGUUUGCACGGCCAUUUGUAUUCAAUGCUGAGAUUUUGCUGAAAGUUGGACGUAAAUUAGAAGCCAAAGAUGCUGCUAGGGGUGCUCUGAAAUCGCCAUGGUGGACUCUGGGUUGCAGGUACCAGGAAGUUGCUCAAAUAGCAGAAUGGGAGGAUGAGCAAAUUGAAUAUAUGAAAGAAAGAGUGACUGAGGAAGGCAGGCAGGAAGACCUUAAUAAGGGGAAGGAUCCUGCUCAGAUUGCAUUGGAUGAAGCUGCUUUUUUGUUGGACUUAGCUUCUGUUGAAGGAACUUGGGAUGACUCAUCAGAGCAAAUAGCUGCAUGCUAUAAGGAGGCUGGACUCCAAGAUGUUGCCAGAUUUAUACAAUACAGAGAUUGACUUCUCUGUUUUUGGUGGGCUAUUGAUCAAUCCAAAUAUUGUUUGCGGUGACAUUUUCUUUAGAUCAUUUUCCCUUUAAAAUUGAUAGGAAAUCAAAUUUUUGAAGACUAUUGAAAAAAGUUCAAAUUUUAUGAAUUGAAUGGUUCUCAAGAACGUUUACAUUUC